AAGAAGAGCGUAGGGCAGAGGGCUAGCCUGGGCCUCACACACUGGCGACCAAUCCGUGCCAGAAGCCCAGGCAACGGCUAUCAGAGCGUAGGGGCGAAACACUCGCAGAGUCCUGCCUAUAAUAUUCCAAAAGGCGUAGUUAGCAAAUUGGCCGUGAGCCGUGCCCGCAUAGCCGACCUCGAUACGCAAAACGGGGAGAGAAAUGAUCAAGAAAUCACAAACGAUACUCACAUGCUCGUCGGAGAACUCGGAAUGCUGCUUGGGCUCUUGGUCCCCAACCGCGUCACUCCACUGGGCGACAAACUCAGAGCGGCUGGGGUCAAUCCGGACGGCAGACCAGCCAGACUAUUGCUACCCAGCGUUAGUCCUGGAGAUCCAGCGCUCGAGGAUUUGUCUGCAUUCGAUGUUGCGGCCGCUUGGCGGGGGUUCGAUUGGAUCGACAUCAGGAACAUCAGGUGGCAGUCCAUCACCUCCCACAAU